UCAUGCUAAGCAAACAAACAUUUAUUGGUGGAAAAAAAGAGAGAAUGGGAAACAAACAACAUUUAUAGAAAUUGUCAAAAUUUACAAUAAGGAAACAAAUGGAAAAUUUGGGAAAAAAUAGCACCAAAAUACGCGCUUGAAUUCAUCGCAUAAGCUCUAAACACAAACUCUGUAUCUAUUGAAAUCAUCACUGCUACAAAAAGGUCACCGGAAACCAUGGCGUCACCGUCGUCAACGGCGGCGACAAACGUCAUGUUAGCAAUCUUCGAGAAGAAAACCGUGUCACUCGAUCUCUACCGUCCAUUACGAAACUACAUCGCUUUCAACUACUCCGAACGGGAAGCUCAAAACCUCGAAGAUGAUCUCCAAACUCUCAAGCAAUACCGCUCCGAAAUCGAACGCGUUCCGGCCGAUUCGCUCCCUGCUCGCCGUGACAUUCUGCAAAAUUACUAUAAAGCCCUCUGUGCUGUUGAAUCUCGUUUUCCGAUCUCACCUGAUAAAGAUCACAUCAAUUCCGUGUUUUUUACUUGGUACGAUACUUUCAAGAACAAGCAGAAAGCUGUGCAGCAGAAUAUUCAUCUAGAGAAAGCUGCAGUUUUGUUCAAUCUGGGAGCAGUGCACAGUCAGAUGGGUUUGAGUUUGGAUCGAUCAGCUGUGGAGGGGCGAAGGCAGGCAUCACAUUCCUUUAUUGCUGCAGCUGGGGCUUUUGCGUUCCUGAGAGACAAUGUGGCAAUGAAGGCAUCAAUGGGUAGCUCCACCACGGUUGACAUGUCAGUGGAAUGUGCUGGGAUGUUGGAAAGACUCAUGCUAGCUCAGGCUCAGGAGUGCGUUUUUGAGAAUACUAUUGCCAAGGGAAGCACCCCUGGAGUCUGUGCAAAGAUUUCAAGACAGGCAGGGAUUUAUUACGAGGAAGCUUUGGCAGCAUUAAAUGUUGCACCUCUGAACUACCACUUUGACAAGGGUUGGCUGGCUCAUGUUCAGCUCAAGGCAGCCUUGUUUUAUGCUGAGGCCUGCUAUAGGUACGGUAUGGAGCUCCACGAUAAAGAAGAAAUUGCAGAGGAAAUUGCGAGGUUGAAGAGUGGGAUUAGUGCAUUGUCUGAGGCCAAAAAAACAUCACCAAGGGGAGCAGCGCAGCAGCUCUUGGAUGCAAUUAAUAAGCUCGAGGCUAAUUUAAAUCAAAACUUGGCGAGAGCUGUGAAGGAGAAUGAUAGAGUAUACCUCAUGAGAGUUCCUCAAGCCAGUUCUCUGGCUCCUCUUCCAGCAUUUUCAUUGGUCAAGCCUAUGCCAAUGAAUGAUGUCCUGGAUGCAAGCAAGGAGAAGAUGUUUGCCAGUCUUGUUCCUGAUAACAGCGCUAAAGCUCUUUCCAGGUACACCGAAAUGGUUGAUGACGUCAUUAGGUCUCAAGCUGAGAGAUUGCAACGGGGAAGUGAGCUAGCUCGAGUUAGGCUCAGGGAAAUGGACUUGCCUGAUUCUAUUCUUGCUUUGGAGGGAAACUUGACUCUGCCCAUGGCCUUAAAAGAAGAUGUAGAGGCAGUUCAAGUUUGUGGUGGUCCAGCUGGUUUAGAAGCUGAGCUGCAGCAGCUCAAAGAUCUGAAGAGGGUGAACCAGGAAUUACUGGUCCAAACUGAGGAGCUUUUGCAAAAAGAAGCAACAGAAGAUUCUCAAUUUAGAAGUCAAUUUGGAACACGAUGGACAAGGCCUCAAUCUAGUACUCUAACAAAGAACCUACAGGACAGAUUGAACAGGUUUGCAGGUAACUUGAAGCAAGCUGCAGAGAGUGAUGCCAGGAUUGAACGAUCUGUGAGGGAUCAUGCAGCACUCAUGUCAAUCCUUGAUCGCCAUCCAAUUGAAUCAGCUCUUCCAACCUUGGCAAGACCAAUCAUGUCGUUGGAUGCCAAUGAAGACGCCAUUGCGGGAGCUCUGAAGCAGAGCUUGGUAAGACGAGUUAGCCAGGCUACAUUGUGUUACUGUUCUUGCUACAACGUUACCCGGUACUUGUGCUGGUGGGAGGUAGCUGGUGGAAUAGUUGAGAGACAAUUAGAAGGUCUUGGUGCUCAGCGGGCAGGGCUCGAAGAUAUGCUGAAAGAGAUGAAGAGGAAGGAUGAUAUACUUCCUAAGCUGAUGACAUCCACUGGUUCCCAUGAGGAUCUAUUCAGAAAGGAGAUUGCAAAAUAUGAUCAUAUUUGUGAAGAAAUUGCACAGAACCUUGAGGCGCAAGAACAACUGUUGCUGCAAAUUCAGACUCAAAAUGAGGAUUUUGCUUCCAUUUUCAAUCUUGAGGAUUAUAAAGCAUCCCGCGAGCGAAUCUAUAAGCAAAUUGAAGCUGCCAUUUCAAAAUACCGAGAAAUAAAGGAGAAUAUCAAUGAGGGAUUGAAGUUCUAUGUUACACUUCAGGAUGCGAUCACAAAUGUAAAGCAACAGUGCAGUGAUUUUGUGAUGACAAGAAACAUACAGUGUCGAGAAAUGAUGGAUGAGGUUCAGAGACAAAUUUCAGGUCUCAGUUUCCAGGACAAUAAAGGUUCAAAUGGCUAUAAUUAUACUUCUGUUCCUCAGUCCCAUCAGGUGCCAAGAUCCAAUCCCCAACCGCCAACAGACCCUGCGAAUAUGCCCAACGCUGUUCGACCCCAGACUCCUACUUACCACCCCCCUCAGCAGCCCGCAAUGGCUGGUAACCCACAGCAGCCCACGAUGCCUGGUUAUACUCAAAAUCCUCCACCUUAUGGUCCUCCUCAGCAGCCUACACCGCCUUACCAUUUGCAAGCUUCCGGUCCCCCAUAUCCACCGCCUCAACAUCAACAACAACCACCACCGAGCCAUGAUUAUGGCCAACCUGCGUAUCCUGGAUGGCGGGGUCCCUACUAUAAUGUACCUCCACAGCAACCUGCACCUCCUCAGCAACCGGGUUCUAUGCCUCGACCUCCUUAUACCGUCCCUUCUCCAUAUCAUCCUCCUCCCCAUCAGAGUGGCUAUUACCGGCAAUGAUAAUUUUCCUAUUUGUCUUCAUGUGCAUCCUUGACAAUUUUGGUCUCAGUAAGUUUUUGAGUCAUUCUCUAAAGGGGAUUCGAUACCCUUGUGGUCCGGCCCUUCCCUGGACCCCGCUCAUAGCGAGAGCUUAGUGCACCGGGCUGCCCUUUUUCUCUAAAGGGGAUUCGAUCAGGUAGUCUUCUCCAUUGAUGGUAGUCUUCUCCAUUGAUGCUAGCUCUCCAUUGGCUCACAUUACAACUUAUGCAAGUUAAUACAUCUAGGUUUACCUGUUUGUAUAGGUUUGGUCUCUUUGUAUGAUCAUGCUCUAUUCAGUGCAACUCUACUCAAAUGUAUUUUGGAUCAGUAAGUUAAAAUUAUAGCGCUUAGUAAAGAAUAAGGCGUGAUGUUUAGGUGUUUAUUGACCUCCCUUCCAUUGUUUAAGAACAUGAGCAUAUACAACUUAACUAGAUAGAACACUAUACUGGUGAAAACCUACUAUAAAUUUACUCCACCUAUAUGGAUUUCAACAA